CUCUAUUUCCUUCCCACUCUCUCUUCCUGACUGCCUGCGUCAGCUUGCUCCUGCCAGCGAGUGAAUGCUGUUAAUCGAGCUGCUGUACCCUGCAGAGAGCCGUGUGUGAGUGUAUGUGUGUGUGUUUAAAUGUAUGAGUGUACGCAGAUGGGAAAGAAACUGAGUCAGGGAGUGCUGCCUCGCAUCUCUACUCUGUUAUCACCAUCCUUCACUCUCCCUCCUCUCCACCUCCGCUGCCAUGGAGCUCCAGCAGGCUGAAUCACAACUGCGUCUACAGAAAGGGCUAAGCAGGUAGAUGUGUAUGCAUGUGCUGUGCUCCAUUGGGCCAGUAUGGAGUGUGUGUGUCUGAGAAGGUGGGCAUCAGGCUCUGCUGUCAUCUUCCUUCACACACUGGCCUUAUCUUGGACAGAUGCAAUUGAGACCUCCCCCAAAAUUGAUGGACAGCACCGGGCGGCUGUGACACUGCAGGAGAACAUGACACACUGGUUCAACUGCCAAUCAGACGGCUGGGACCCCCGUGCCCCUCCCUUGCUAACAUGGUACCUGAAUGGGGUGCAGCAGAGAGAGCCACCGCCCAAGCAUGGGCGCCUGGUGACAACGUCGCAGGAAGGUUCCAAGGUCAUGGGACCAGGGACCAAUCCCAACAGCACCUUCUCGCUGCGGGCCAGGAAGUGGGACAGGGAGCUGGUGUGUGUUGCAUCAAACCCCAGGACAGGAGAGAGCCACAACGCCACAGUCACACUUAAUAUCCAGUUUCAGCCAGAGAUCCUCAGGCUGAACGGCCACUACAGUGAAACCUCAGACCCAGGCCUCUCCCUGGUCCUCUUUGCCUUGGUACGGUCCAACCCGCCUGCCACCAUCACCUUCGUGGACCAGUAUGGCCAGCUGGUGGCCAACUCCUCCGACUUCCUCAUCCUCGACUCGCGAAGCUACCCCUGGCUGACCAAUCACACGCUGAAGGUCACGCUUGGUAGCCUAUCAGGGAAUAUCUCACUGAACGUUAGCAACAGUGUGGGAACGGUGCAGAGCAACCUCACACUGGCAGAGUUCCUACAGUCUCGUGUGGAGGUACCUAUGCUGGGAAUAGUGACUGGGGGAGCCAUGGCCUUCAUGGCCCUCCUUGUCCUCAGUCUGAUUGUUCUCUGCCUCAUGCAAAAAAACCAGAGCAAGUCCUUUGAUGAACCAGUGGAGAUAAUGAUGACCAAGAAAAGCAACUCAGCCAAUCUAAAAACUGUUAAGACCUCCAUCCCCAGAGAAAACAUGUCUCUGCCAUCCAACAUGCAGCUCAACGACCUUAACACUUUGAGAAAAGCCCGGGAGGCCGCUCAGCAGAGCAUUGUGGGAGAGAAGGAGGAGGAGGAGGAAGAUCUGUCUUUAGCCUAUGCUGCCAGAGGUUUUGCCAGAUAUCCGAUGGUCGGCUAUAUCUACAAGGUGAACAGCACAAGCAGUGAAGAGAUCUGGCUCUGACUGACCUCAAACGUUACACACACACACACACACACAUACACACACACACACACAAACACACACACACACACACACACACACACACACACACACACACACACACACACACACACACACACACACACACUGACUGUAUGUGCAUGUGUAGCUACUUCUAACGGUGCAGCUGUCUAAGACAAGACCCAGAGCAACCAAUCAUCAGUCACCUUUAAGCCGUACGACUAGGAACCAGAAACUAUCUCUGUCUACCUGGGCCUCAUACAGUACCAACACACUCUGUUUCUCAAGUUAAUACAUGAAUUUGAAUUUCUUGUUCACACAACAAAACUGUUGAUGUUUUUUUGUCUGUCUGAAUCAAGUGCUCUGGUUUUAACAUCCCUGGUGUGAUGUCUCAACAAUGCAAUGCAAUAUCCUGUUCAUAAAAAUGCUCAUAUUCUGUAUGUUUCAACAUGAUUUCCACCAGUAACCACAUGCUCAUGAUGUCCUCCUCCCUGUUGCAUUACUGGAAUGCAUUAAUUGUUAUACUAAUUGCUAUACUAACACCAGAAUGUCCAAGAGAAUGUACUGUAUGUGCAAUUUUACAUUUUGACCAAUAAUAUUCAAAAUAAGAUGGCACAUAUUUAAGGACUACAUAUUUGUAUAUGGACAUGUAACUAGUCAUGUACUGUAUAUUUGUAUGCAUAU